AUGCCUCUGUCGCCGGAGCUGUACUCCCAGGCGCAACAAUGGAUCGACAAAGAUCCCGAUCAAGCUACGGCAGAAAAGCUGCAAGGCUUCCUCAAAGAUGAAGACGAAGCGGCACUCCAGCAGGCAUUUGGCGAGAGACUGGCCUUUGGCACUGCUGGGUUGAGAGGGCUGCUUGGUGUGGGACCUGGCAACAUGAACCGCCUUCUGAUCAGGGAAGCAACUGCCGGCUUGGGUCGAUUUCUGCUGGACAAGCGGCCCUCCUCCAAGGAGCCGAGUGUCGUGAUAGCCUAUGAUGGUCGCCAUGGAAGCAAAGACUUUGCUACAGAUGCUACAGGUGUCUUGACAGCGCUGGGCAUUCCAGUUCGCCUCUACCAGAGCGAGGCUCCCACCCCACUGGGAGCCUUUGCUGUCAAGGAGCUAGGGACUGCUGCAGGUAUCGUAGUCACAGCUAGCCACAACCCUCCUCAAUAUAAUGGCUACAAAGUCUACCAAGCUGGGGGAACCCAGAUCAACACCCCUGUAGAUGGUCAGAUUGCAGCACAAAUCGGCGAGGUGGCCGCCAGUAGCAAGGCACCAGACUGCCUCUCACUAGAGGAAGCCAAACAGAAGGGCCUCCUCUCUUAUCUCACUCCGAGCAUGCUCCAGACUUACACGGACAAAGUUCUCGAGUACUUCUCUGCCUCUACCUCUUCUGCCUCCUCCGAGCAGCUGAAGCAAAGAGAUGCUCUGCGAAUCGCAUAUACCCCGCUACACGGCGUCGGAGCCCCCAUCGCCGAGCUGCUCUUCAAGUCUGCAGGAUUCUCAAAUACUUGGACGGUACCGGAGCAACGUUCCCCGGACCCUGACUUUAGCACUGUCAAGUUCCCCAAUCCCGAGGAGGAAGGUGCAAUGGAUCUAGUGCAUGCCCUGGCCGAUGACAAGGAGGCCCACAUUGCCAUUGCGAAUGAUCCAGACGCUGACCGGCUGUCGGUGUCUGCCCGCACCAGGGACGGGAAGAUCAAGCAGCUCACUGGUGAUCAGAUCGGUACGAUUCUGGGUGACGAGCUAAUGCGCAGAGCAAAGUGCGACAAGGCGAGCAACUGGAGCCUGAGCACUAUAGUUUCGAGUCGCAUGCUCGCUCGACUCGCACAGCUGGACGGCUCCAAGCAUCGCGAGACUCUGACUGGCUUCAAGUGGCUCGGAGGCGAAGCCAGGAGGCUCAUCGUCGAGCAAGGUCAGAAUUUCCUUUUUGCCUACGAGGAAGCAUUGGGAUACAUGGUCUCUCCGCUCGUCUGGGACAAGGAUGGUCUAUCGGCUCUGCUCCUCCUGUCUCUCCUGGCAGCAGAUCUGCACGCAGCGGGAGGACAGACGCUUUGGACCCGCCUGGAGGAGAUUCACCGCAGAACAGGCCUCUCGGUCACUUUCCCCCGUACGAUUCGACUCGCACCGGGGGCAAGCGGAUCGGCCAUUAUGAAGAAGCUGCGAGCGAAUCUGCCUUCGACGCUAGCUGGACAGCAAAUCGUACUAGUAGACGACCUUCUCACCCACCCUCCUUACGACGCCUCGAAGUCUGAUGGGGGCAUCCCGAAAAACGAUGUCAUCCGCUUCUACAUUGGCCAGAAGUCCGACGAAGCUCUGUCUAAGGAAGAAAUCAAGCUGACCCUUCCGAGGAUCAUCAUUCGUCCGUCGGGGACCGAGCCAAAGGUGAAGAUCUACUGUGAGAGUCGCAUCGAGACGCUCAAAGAGGGAGAGCAAUACGAUGAGAAGAUGGAGAAGCUGAGACGUGAGCUUGAGAUCUUGGCCGAUGGAUUUGUGGAGCUCUGCCAGUGA